UCAAGCCUCUCACGUCCAUUUCUCUCUUUCAUCUCUCUAUACACUCACUGUACCGGAGAUUCGCCGGCGCCGUCCGCUUCUUCCUCCGAUGGAAGUCCAAACUCACCCUCCAGCGACCUUCAGUUCCGACUCCGGCCCUCGCAACACCUGCUCCUCCUACGUCGAUCCACCGAAGCUCUGCGCCUCCGGCUUCCGGGGCUCCGCCGAUGGUUUCGGACGCAGCAGUUUCGACGACGGAGGUAAGGAAUGCGGUGUCGUCGGAGACAAAGUUAGCGACUACAGUCCGUCUCCCUUGUCCGUUUUGUGUCCUGAAGCUGCUUUCUACGCUGACAAUGGAGAGGACGUUAGAGGCUUAGCCUCCCUCGAAGAGGCGGGGACGGUGGACAAACUGCAGAGAUGUACGUCCAACGCCGCCAUGAAGGUGCAGAAGGUGUACCGGAGCUACCGUACCCGGCGCAUGUUAGCCGACUCUGCUGUGGUUGCUGAAGAGCUCUGGUGGCAAGCUCUUGAUUAUGCUCGAUUAAAUCACAGUACAAUUUCAUUCUUCAACUUCUUGAAGCCAGAAACAACCACUUCUCGCUGGAACCGAGUUCGCUUGAAUGCUUCAAAGGUGGGUAAGGGUCUGUCUAAACAUGAGAAGGCUCAGAAAUUGGCAUUUCAACAUUGGAUUGAAGCGAUUGACCCACGCCAUCGUUAUGGGCAUAAUUUACAUUUCUAUUACGAGGAGUGGUGCACGUCUGAUUCGGGUCAGCCAUUUUUCUUUUGGUUGGAUCUUGGAGAUGGUAGAAAAGUUGAGCUGAAGAAAUGCCCAAGGUCAAAGCUCCAGCAACAGUGCAUUAAAUACCUUGGACCACAAGAGAGGGAUCAUUAUGAAUAUGUAGUGGUUGAUGGGAAAAUCGUGAGCCAAAAAACUGGAAAGCUUCUUGAUACCAACAAAAGUUUACCGGGGGUCAAAUGGAUUUUCGUGAUGAGCACCUCCAAAAAGCUUUAUGCUGGCGAGAAAAAGAAGGGAAUAUUUCACCAUUCCAGUUUUCUAGCUGGUGGGGCAACUUUAGCUGCUGGUAGACUUGUGGUAGAAGAUGGAACACCUAAGUCUAUUUCACCCUACAGUGGACACUAUCGGCCAAGUGAUGACAGUCUCAACACCUUUCUGUCAUUUCUCAAGGAGCACGGAGUCAACCUUGAUGAGGUUCAGAUAAAGAAGGCCGGUGAAGAACUGUGUAUCUCUACAGACUCCCCAUUCGGAAUUCCAGUUUAUUGUGAUUCUCCACUGCCAUAUACCCGUGAACAAAAUGAGGAGAAGAAAGAUUGGUUAGCAGAAUUAUCGGCCAAACUGCCCCCACCAGCACCAGCACCAACUCUAUCACCAGCACCUAUCCUUGCACCUGCACCACCUAGCAACAACUAUAGAAGGACAUUGUCCGGUGGACUCCAGAGCCAAAAGUCAGAGGUGCCAAAGACUGCAAUCCUGCAAAGGAUCAACUCCAAGAAUGCAUCCAGUUCUUACCAACUGGGGAAACAACUCUCCAGAACAUGGUCAACCGGUGCGGGCCCCAGGAUUGGCUGUGUUGCUGACUACCCGGUUGAGUUGAGGCUGCAAGCCUUGGAGCUCACUAAUCUCUCACCCCCCACACCUCCUCCAUGCCUCCAAGACUUCUUUUCGCCGGCAACUCGUUCUUCAUCAGUUCCUGUCUCAUCUUUACUAUCUUAAUUAACAAACACUCAUCCAUCUGUCUAUCUAUCUAUCUAUCCUCCCAUAGCUAUGUAUACGAAGUAUGUGUUAAGUUGUAGUAGUUUCCUUGUGUUUGUUGUACUUGUGCCUCCAUGCUCCUGGGCGGUGGAGUAUAUAUGUGAUAGUUUUCUGCAGUACGUAUGGACUCUUGACUCGAAAAAAGACCAUCUUUUUCUUAUAAUUAAGGCUAUUGAUGUUAUUAUUACAUGUAGCUCCAAAGAUAAAUGGGUCGUGUUUAAUAAACCUUCGCAAUGCACGAUUAGUAAGGGAA